UACUGCCUGCACCUGCUCCCCACUAGGCCUGCAGGUGCGCCCACGCCUUCUACACCUUCCCACACCUGCCAACCAUGCGGCAAGUGCAGCGUUCAACCGUUUCUCUCAGGGCAAGCGACACCUCCUGGUGGGGGACUUCAAAUCUGCUGUCACUGCCUUCAAGGAGGCAACAGAGUCCCUGGUGGAGCUGUAUGGGGAGCAGGCGGCGGAGUGUGGUGACGCGUACUACCACUAUGGCCGUGCAUUGCUGGAGCUGGCACGCAAGGAGGCAGGGGUGCUGGGGCCAGAUCUGGAUGGUGCCAGUAGUCAGGAGGGAAGCACAGGGAAGGAGGAGGACGAGGAGGAAGAGAGUGAAGAGUCACAAGAGGAGGAGGAAGGUGGAAAGAAAGAGGAAGGAGAGGAGGAGGAGGAGGAGGAGGAAGAUGGAGAAGGAAAGGAGAAAGAUAAGAAGGAAGGAAAUGCCGCAGAAGGAGAAGGUGAGAAUACUGAGGAAGAGGAAGAGGUGACCACCCUACAGUGUGCCUGGGAGUGGCUGGAUGUGGCUCGGGUCAUCUUUGACAAGCAAGAGGAGACGCCAGAGGUGGUGAAGAAGAGAGCACAAAUACGCCUGAGUCUGGGUGAAGUCUGCAUGGAGAGUGAGGACUAUGAGGGAGCCAUCAAUGAGUUUAAGCAAUGCCUUCAGAUGCAGGAGUCAGUGUUGGAGAAGGAUGACCGCUCCCUGGCAGAGAGACACUAUCAGCUGGGCUUGGUGUACAGCCUCUCGGACAACUUUGAUAGUGCUGUUUCUCACUUCACGGCUGCUGUUGAUGUCAUUCAGCUCAAGAUAAAGAACCUGCAGGCGCGUGUCACUGAGAAGAAUUCCUGGAGCAAGGAGCGCAGGGAUAAGGACUUGGCAGAGAGCAAGGAUGUGUUCUAUACAGAGGAGGGAGAGAUAGAAGACCUGCAGCAGCUCCUCCCAGACAUUCAGCUCAAGAUUGUGGACAUGAAGGAAAUGAAAGCUGCUUCAGUGGAGAAACUUCAACAGGCAGCCAAGCCUGGGGACAUUGCAGCCAUGCUGCUGGGCAAGGGUGAGGGACCCAGGUCAUCAGGGGCGGUGUUCUCCCAAGCAAGGGAAGGAGAGGCAAGUGGAAGUGCUGCCUCGUCAUCCAGGUCUUCUGACGCCAAACCUCUCAUUUGUCAAGUGAGACGCAAGCUGCUGAUUGGCUAUGAAAGUGGGCAACUGGUUCUGUGGGAUUUCAAGGCUUGCUGUGCUGAUGUCAGAUAUCAGGCCACUGAACCCCUAAGGUCAGUGUCUUGGCACCAUGAAGGAAAGCAGUUUAUGUGUUGUCAUACUGAUGGUUCGCUCACAACCUGGACUCUGAAGCAAGCCUCGGCCAGACCCACCUCCACUGUCUUCCCUCACGGGACAUCAGGGACCGCUCCGUGCUGAGGGUGUUCGAAGGGGAGGGCGUCAACGGCCAAGGGUCAGCGUGGGACAGCGGCGGUGACCAGUCUUACUUCAGCGAGCCAGAGUUCCAUUCAGAUUUUCAACAGUAACAUGUUCACAGCAAAACCAAGAGCGGCAAGUCCGGGGGUUACUACAUGGCGCACUCCUACCCCCCCGGGCGCCCCCCAGCCCAAUGCAGGGGAUCGCCCCCAUCCCCCGAGGACCCCGCCCCCCCUAUCCGCCAG